CUUGUGAUGGUUUUAUGUAUGAUGUAUGCAAAAUACCGUACUCUUACGCUAUUCUGUUGGUUUUGCUAUUUGAACUCGAUAUCUUUUCAAUGCUCGUUUUUGCAAUUUCAAUUGCUGGUGUACGUAGGUAGAUUGUUUUGUUUUGAUGAACGAUUGGGUGUUAAUAAAGAUAGGGUUUUUUGCGAUUUUUUUUAAAGAUCAGUAAGCGAUACUGUCUCCAUGUUUGAUCAGGUCCCUCUUGAAGGGGAAUUUAAAUGAUUGCAGCCUUGCAGGGAUAUUCGAGUAUCAUUGUUUUUGAAAUAGGUUUAUGUAGUGGCUUAAUUGAUAUUAAGUACUGGUACACUCACAUGUAUAUAAUAAAGAAAAUAUGUAUGAAGUAGAACUGCAUCAUUAAGAUGCAUAAAGCUGAUCAGAGAAAUUGGUAAUGAUGUCUUAAUGGAAUCUGCUAGACCGUGUAGCAUAUGUAUCACUCUGUUGUAUCUAUUCUACGCAACUAAAAUCUGUGAUGUGAAUAUUGACUGCAUUCAUUGCUUGAUUUCAAUAUUCAUUUUCAUUAAGUUUUCUAUAUCUGAACUGUUUGGUCUAGCUCUCUUUAAUUUCAAAAGAAUAACUAUACUAUGACAAGAUGGUAGUUUGAAUCCUGCCUGCUGGUUGGGUAAACACAGACCAAAGUUGGAUGCAAACAUUAAGAUUGGGUACUUGAAAGCUAAUGUAUGAUUGUUGUUCCCUAAAGUUAUAUUUGGGGAAAAAGAAAGGUUUGUUCCCAAAUUUCCAGACCAAGUGUAUACCAGUUUGCCUCCUUCAUGUCUUGAGAUGAGACCCAUGAUCUGGCCCAGCUUGGCCUAGUUGGUACCAAGCUUCGAUGUCUAUGUGCGGAACAUUUCCAUAUGUGCUCCUUAUUGAGGUCGCUGGACAUAACCCUGUUGCAAGAGAACAUUAUUAAACUAGAGUUGUAUCUCUUCUGGAGUCUAUUGGGACAGAAAAUUACUGUGGGAGACUCGGAGCAGCGGAAAGGUAGCGGAUAGUCUGGAACACUAGCAUUGGGUAUAAGGCAGUAGAAUUUCAAUGGACUCUUCUCCAACUCAACCCAAAUGGAGAAAGGUAGCAUAUGGAGGAAUGCAACCUGGAUAUGACGACAACUACACUGAUGAGACGUUUUUGGAAGACAUGGUCAUGAAUGCCAAUGUUGUUAAAAGGGAUUUGCUUAAAGUUAUGCAAGACUCAGUUUCGAUAGCUGAAUACCUGUGCAUUGUUGCCCUUGUUGUCUUGGUUUGGACCUAUACACUUGUAUUGACUCUUAACGAAAAAUCCCUCCUGCUUAUUGAUGUAGGGCUUCUUGGAUCAGGUUUCUUAGUUCUCCUUCUGACUGAAGAAAUGCUUUCCCUCAGUCUUCUGUUUCAUUAUUUCCUAAACAUCUCAUUUUUCACUACUAGUUUAUAUGUUUUGGCUCCCAUUUAUCAAACUCUUACAAGGUCUAUCAGCUCGGACUCUAUUUUGGCAGUAACUAUUUCACUUCUUAUACUCCAUCUCUUCCUGCAUGACUACUCAGGAUCUACUAUAGGGGCUCCGGGGGCUUAUAAAAAUCCAAACUUGACAAGCUUUAUUUCUUUAAAUGCUUCUGUUGUUGCUUCAGUUUUUAUCGCAUCUCGCCUUCCGACGAGCCUACAUGUUUUUGCCAUCACGUUGUUCUCCUUGCAAGUGUUCCUCUUUGCUCCACUGGUCACCUACUGUAUAAAGAAAUACUCCUUUCGCUUGCACCUUAUACUUUCCUUUGGUUUGAUGGUUGUGACCUUGGCUUUAGUUUACAUACUUCACAAGUUACUUUUCGUGAUGUUGUUAGGGUUAUUGGUUUUUGUGACUGUCGUGUGCCCGUAUUGGCUCAUACGGAUUCACGAAUACAAGUUUGAGAUCAAUGGCCCUUGGGAUGAGGCUAAGCUUUGUUUUGAUAUAGCAGAUUAAGAUAAUUGUUUCCAAACAUUUUUGAUGUGUGAUGUUAGUUUUUGAAACAGUUUGAACUACACACUCUCAUGCUUGUUCUCUGCAAAAAAAAUUCAGUAUGUUUGAGACUA